UUGUAAUUUUUAUGUUACAUAAAUCUUUUUUUUUUUAACAAGAAGAAAGGAGAAUCUUUAUACAUUUAUAACUUUUAUUUUAUCAAUCUGAUUCAUCACUUUUGGUUCUCAUUUGGUCCAGAUGGAUUUGAGUUACCAUCCAGAUUCAUUUCCUUAGCCCAAUACAACUUUGCUCUCCCCUGCCUUCUUUGUGUUAUUAUUAGCAAAUAUAUUACGUUUCUGUAUAUUAUGGGUCCAGUAAUACAUAAUAUACAUAUUGUUUCAUAAAAUUUGUAUAUCAGUUAAGAGAAGAGAUAUGUAUGUAUACUGCCUUUUAUAAUUUCUAAUUGCCUUGCUUCUCUUUGUUUUGCAUAUGGAUUUGUAUUACUGCUUAAUAUCACUUGUUUUCAGCUUCAAGAGCUUCCUUGAGUACUUUUUCAGUUUCAUUGGAGAUCAUGUCCAUGGAGCUCCUCAUGUUGUCAUGCCAGAGGUGAAGUUCCCUGACCAGUUCUUUACAGUUCUAACCAUGGACCAUGAAUUGGUGACAUUCAGGGAUGUGCUUAUCAACUUCUCUCAGGAGGAAUGGGAAUAUUUAGAUUCUGCUCAGAGGAACUUGUACUGGGAUGUGAUGAUGGAGAACUACAGCAACUUACUCUCACUGGACAAAACAUUACAGGGUACACAUCAUACUUUCCCUGCUCCAGAUCAUUAUUCAGGCCUUUGUUCUAGGAUUCCUAGUUUAUUAUCUGGUUUACUUCAACAACAAGAACAAUACGAUUUGGAGUCCAAGUAUGAGACUAAGCUUUUACCUGUAGGAACAGACAUUAUUAAAAACACUGGUUCUCAGUGGGAGGUAAUGGAAAGUAGUAAGUUAUGUGGCCUUGAAAAUUCCAUUUUCAGAAGUGACUGGCAAAGCAAAAGCAAGGUUGAAGUACAGGGACCUAAAGUGGGAUAUUUUAGUCAAAUGAAAACCAUCUCUCAAAAUGUGCCCAGUAACAAAACUCAUGAAUCUCUUACAUUACCUCAGAGAACUCAUGACAGUGAGAAGCCCUGUGAAUAUAAGGAAUAUGAGAAGGUCUUCAGUUUUGACUCAAAGUUUGAUGAAUAUCAGAAAAUACAUACUGGUGGAAAAAACUAUGAAUGUAAUAAAUGUUGGAAAGCCUUUGGGAUAGAUAACUCCAACAUGCUACAACUGAAUAUUCAUACUGGUGUGAAACCUUGUAAAUACAUCGAAUAUGGGGAUACAUUUUGUUUUUAUAAAGACCUUAAUAUACACCAGAAAAUUCACAAUGAGAAGUUCUAUAAAUGUAAGCAAUACAGAAGGACCUUUGGAAGAGUUGGAGACGUUACUCCACUUCAAGGAAUUCAUGAUGGUGAGAAACAUUUUGAAUGCUCGUUCUGUGGGAAAUCCUUUAGAGUGCAUGCACAACUUACUCGACAUCAGAAAAUCCAUACUGAUGAGAAAUCUUACAAAUGUCUGCAAUGUGGCAAGGAUUUCAGAUUUCAUUCACAACUUACUGAACAUCAGAGAAUUCAUACUGGUGAGAAGCCCUACAAAUGUAUGCACUGUGAGAAGGUUUUUAGAAUUAGUUCACAGCUCAUUGAACAUCAGAGAAUUCAUACUGGAGAGAAACCUUAUGCAUGUAAGGAAUGUGGGAAGGCUUUUGGAGUUUGUAGAGAACUUGCUCGUCAUCAGAGAAUUCACACUGGUAAGAAACCUUAUGAAUGCAAAGCAUGUGGAAAGGUCUUUAGAAAUAGUUCAUCCCUGACUAGACAUCAGAGGAUUCAUACUGGUGAAAAACCCUAUAAAUGUAAUGAAUGUGAGAAAGCAUUUGGAGUAGGCAGUGAACUUACUCGACAUCAGAGAAUUCACAGUGGUCAAAAACCUUAUGAAUGUAAGGAGUGUGGAAAGUUCUUUAGACUUACGUCAGCCCUUAUUCAACAUCAAAGAAUUCACAGUGGUGAGAAACCUUAUGAAUGUAAGGUAUGUGGGAAGGCCUUUAGACAUAGUUCAGCCCUUACAGAACAUCAGAGAAUUCAUACUGGAGAGAAACCCUAUGAAUGCAAGGCAUGUGGGAAGGCUUUCAGACAUAGUUCAUCCUUUACCAAACAUCAGCGCAUUCAUACAGCUGAUAAACCCUAUGAAUGUAAGGAAUGUGGGAAUUCCUUUAGUGUGGUUGGACAUCUUACUUGCUGUCCAAAAAUUUAUACUGGUGAGAAAGCAUUUGACUGAAAUGAAUGUAUAAAGUUUUUUUUAUUUCUGGUUUUCACAGGAAAAAACUAUGGAUAGAUUUAAUAGGUAACCAACGCAAUUCAGUAUCUCCCUCUUUUAGAGUCUAUUUUAGACUUUGUGGCCAUUCUGUAUGUAGAAGUAGAAUUGCUUAGUCAUAGCUGAUAUAUACUUAUCGCUUUGUUAGAUAUUGCCAAAUAUUUCUCUUUUAUAUUAAAAAGUUUUUUUCAGGGGUUUCUCAUCCAGGCAUGUUUUGUUUACACGUUUUGGUGUUUAUAUUUUUGCUCUUUUGUCUUGUUUUGUAAUUGUAGUAUUAUUUCAAUAUUUUUCUUAGAUUGUAAUUAUUUGCUUGUGACAUCUGUACUUAUUUAUUUUCCUCCAGAAAGUUAGAACUCCCAGUCAGAAACAACAUAUUUUUACACUCUUAUAGCUCUUCAUUUUGUGUAAUGUGCUUUUUUUUUAAUGAUAAAAAUGUGAUCUUUCCAUUUUCAUCAAAUGGUUCCCUUCUCUUUAAAUUUCUACUUUAUUUUGAUAUAAAAUAUUCCUCUUUAAAAAAACCACACAUACGGCCAGGCAUGGUGGCUCACACCUGUAAUC